AGCCGUACACGUGUGUGCCGAAAGGUGCCACCUUUCGUCGCCGUUUGGCUUUCGUCAAAGCUGGUGGCCCGACGAUGGAUAGCAGACGUUGGGCGAGUGAUGGCGACAUCGGAUUCGAUGGCGGAAACGAUAUGCACGACGGACAACUGCAUGCACGGGGCCAUCAAGGUCAUGCAGUUCAAAGCCUGCAGUCAUUCGCCGCCCUGCGUCAGUCCCCGUCGGCCAUGCAGCAGCCGUACUACCCUGCACGUGGUGCUUCCCCUCCGCCGGCCUUCGAUGGAGGGUUUGUUGGAUAUUCUCCGGAGAACAUGGCCGCGGGCGCACUGCGUGGUGGUGCACAGGCACGGGACUUGUGUGCGGAUGGCGGUUUUGGCGUGCACGAUCAUCCUAUCUCCAUCCACCAGCAGUUCGAUUUGUAUGCAUCGUGGUCUCCCAUUGAAGGCACGAGCACAGGUGUAGGUUUUGGCAUGCCGUCAAUGCAAGCUCGUAGUGUGCCAACGGGUGGUAGGCUUUGGUCUUCCCAGUGCAGUCAGGGAGAGUGGGGGUUAUUCGGCACACGGGGUUCUCCGUCUCCAGCGGAAGGCGUUGACACGAAGGGCACUUGGAAUCGGCCGACGCCAAGGCUGGUGUCCUGCGAUACUAGAGUGGAUUCUGCGUGCGAUGAAGGCACGGGCGGCUCCGAGGCGGGUGACGAAGAAGGUCAAGGUGAGCAAGCAAGUGCCAUCCCCUUGGUGGCAAGUUCGACGGCCGGGCAGGGUGAUGUUCAAGGUCGGGGUGUGGGAGGUGAAGCGGUUGGCGGACGACCACCGAAUGGCCGCCCCCCAGCUCAAAAGAAGUCUAACGUCCCAUGGACGUUAGACGAGCGCGUGAAGCUUGCCAUGUUGAUGGGUGAGGAUGACGCCCUCAUGGAGGAUGCUAACGGCCAGCACCGAUUCAAGCAGAGGAAAGAGCGGUACGCAUGGGUGAAUGACAGGAUGAGGGACGCGGGCUUCAAACAAAGGAGUGGUGAGGACUGUCGCAAGAAGUGGUCGAACAUACUGAAUACGGCUAAGCUAAUCGUGGAGAAAUGUGAAGCGUCUAGGCAACCAUCGUAUUGGGAUUUGACGGUGGAGGAACGAAAGGAGAAGAGUCUUCCGCUUUCUUUUGAGAAAGCUUUGUGGGACGCCAUGCAAUGGAAGCUGAAUCGGCCGUCGAUGAGGUGUGACAACACGCUGGCUUCGGAGAACCUCACGUCUGGUGGAACAGAUGCACCGCCGCGUGGAGGAUCGGACGGAAGAUGGGCGGAGGAGUCCGACAAUUCCGCUAAACCGAGGCGGACAGCCAGCGGGAAGGCGCGAAAGGAAGACGCCGGCAGCAGCAUGACGAGCUUGGGUAGGGCCAUGGAGGAUUCCACCACAUCGUACUGCGAUGGCCUCGACAAAGCGGCCACUGCCCUCGCCAAUGCCACCGCAGACGCUGGCAGUGCAAUCGCUGCUUGGAUAGGGGACAUGGCCGAAGCAAUGCGGGGUGGGAACAACGUUCUAGAGAUGCUGGCCCUAUUUGCACGGGGAGGUGAGGUCUUGAGUAUCGGCAGGGCGAGAGGAGACAGUCGUCGUCUUCGUCGUAUGCGCCGUAAGGAGGUCAUAGUGUUCAUUGGACACUCCAUUGUAGAGCCCUUUGGCGACGGCGGUCAGAAGAUGACUAUGAUGAUGAUGAUGAUGAUGAUGAUGAUGAUGAUGAUGGAGUUCGAUUUGUAUGACAAUGACGACGAUGCUGAUGACGAAGAUGAUGAUGAAGAUGGUGACGAUGAUGAUGAUGACGAUGAUGAUGAUGAUGACGAUGAUGAUGAGGAUGAUGAAUUCGAUGACAAUGAUGUUUAGGAUGACGAUGAUGAUGAUGAUCACGGUGGUGAUCAUCGUCAUAUGCAAUGUUUGGAAGGGUGAAAUGGCGAAUGGUCAUCCGGACG